GAGGCGUACGUGAAGGCGCAUGGGAGGGGCAUGAACGCGCUGCCCUUCCGCUCCUUCGCCUUCCGCCUCUCACCCUCGCACCAAGCUGCCCUCGCCCUCCACCACGCCCUCGCUCCCCCUCGCCGCGCCCACCAGGCGUGGGCCAUUGACCUCACCCACCGCUCCAGCCCCGCCCCUCCUCUGCUCGCCUGCGACCAACCAGCCCCCGGUGCCUCCCCUGCCGCUCACUCUUUGCCUCAUGCCUCGUCGCACGAGAUGCUCGCCUGCGAUGCUGAUGUGGCGCAACCAGAGAGCGCCAUGUGGCGCAGCAUGCUAGUCCAGCUGUCGCCAGCCCACGUGCUUGCUGUGAGCCUGGGCUGCCAGCGUCUGCCCCGCCACCAUGCCUUGCGCCUGCAUGCGUGGAACACUGUGCCUCUGUUAAGAGAUGAUCCUGUUACUGACAUCUUGGGGCUUGGCAUCUCACUCUAG